GAACGGAUGUCCGAGAGAAAAGUGCUGUUGUUGUCGUUGUCGGCACUUUCUGGGUUUUGUAGCGAAAAUGUAAACAGGGGGAUAGUUAAAACGAUGUGCUAAAAAUGUAAAUGCGGUAGAAAAAUGUCACGGAGUUUGGAGAAUAUCUGCAUCGACAAUGCGACCGAGUUCGGGAGCACGCAUAGUUUUCCUUUUUAUUUGAGCAAGCGCACGGCCAGAAGAAGAUCCAGUCAGUUGCAUCGAUCGUGCAGAUUGGUGCGGCGUCUGGUAAGGAAAAGUGGCAAAUCUUCCAUAUAUCAGGAAAAGAAUGAGACCAGGGCGCUCAGAUAUUUUAUGGAUCUGUCCAAUACCCUCAUAAACAGUCAAUGGAAGUGGACGUUGUUCUUCAUGUCUUUGGGAUUUGUACUAACUUGGUUUAUAUUUGCUUGUCUCUGGAUGAUUAUAUCUUUGGAUAAUGCUGAUUUCGAUCAGACUGACGCUGAACCAUGUCUCAGUGGCAUUGUGGGGUUUGCUGGCUAUCUACUAUUCAGCAUAGAAACCCAGACGAGCAUAGGUUACGGAUCCCGUUUCAUAAACCAUUACUGUCCGGAAGCGAUAUUUCUGAUGUGCCUCCAAAUCGGCACGGGAGUCUGUAUCUGCGGCAGUUUAAUUUGCAUUGUCUACGCGAAGAUGAUCGGCCCCAAUCGGUUGCAUUCCACGAAUUGUUUCAGUAAACACGCCGUGAUAAACCAGAGAGAUGGUGUUUUAUGUCUGAUAUUCAGGAUCCGCGAUUCGGGAGCAAGAUACGAAUGCCUGACGAAAGUAACGGCUUAUUUGGUGCAGAGAAGGAAGGAAGAAGUUUGCCUGAAAUCCAUAAAACUGGAUCCGGUCGGAAUAUUGAUAUGGCCCGUUGAAGUUGUCCACAGGAUAAAUGAGACCAGUCCAUUCUGGGACCUCUCGGCCAAAGAUCUAAUAAUAAAAAGGUUUGAGAUAAUCAUAGAAAUGGAAGGAACCUCAUCGUCAACGUCCCGCCCCUCCAAAACCAUAACGUCUUACCUCAGCAGGGAAAUACUUUGGGGACACAGAUUUGUGCCGUGCAUCCAGUGGGACCGCGACAAACGAAGUUACGUGGUGAAAAGGAGUGCCUUUAACAAAACUGAAGAAGUGGUGACUCCGCUGUGUAGUGCGCAAAGAUUACAAGAAGUGUACGACGAACUGAACGUAUGCAAAAACCAGGAAUUCAGCUUGCCAUCAUCACCAGUUGCCAGUAACAGGACGACAAGUGAUUAUGGAAGUCUCAGUCCCACCACAACGUUAUCUCCAGUUACGGUCCACGUGGAUGAGCCGUCCAAAUUUAGGAAGCUGUUCAAGGUCACUCCGGCAUCUUCGUCGUCCUCCUCUUCGGAAGGAGAAGAGGCGGAGUUCACCUGUGAAGGCUUGUGCACCAAAGAUCUGUCUUGUGAUGAUUUGUACAAAAGUUUAGAACAGUUUGUCAUUCAAAGAGGCAACAACAAGGAGGUUAUUGAUAAACAUCACUUGAAAUACAAUGAAACUGCAUUUUAAUAUUGUAUAAUCACAGCUAGUACUUUCUGGGAAAGCAAUUUACGUUAUUGUUGUAAAUAUUAUUUAUUUUAUAUGCAUAGUCAUUGUUGUCAAAU